AUGAAAGGACCAUAUCCAGGACAAGUUCUUACUGCAGUUGGGGUAGAUCCUAACAAUGGAAUCUAUCCCCUAGCAUAUGCUGUAGUUGAGGCAGAAACAUUUGACAGUUGGAGAUGGUUUCUUGUUUGUUUGGGAGAAGACCUAGAUUUAUAUCCAAACAGCAACUUUACUUUCAUGUCAGAUAGGCAAAAGGGGUUGGUCCCUAGAAUUGCUAAAGUUUUCCCAAUGGCUGAACAUAGAUUUUGCUUAAGACACAUCUAUGAGAAUAUAAGUAAGUUGUUUAGGGGAGAACUCAUAAGGCAAAUGCUAUGGAAGUGUGCCACAAGAACCACUGAGCAAGAAUUUGAAGCUGCAAUGGAAGAGCUGAGGGUUGAAAAUGAUGGUGCCUACAACUAUUUGAAGAAAUGUAAUACAGGAAGGGCACAUUGUGAUAUUUUGUUGAAUAAUCUUUGUGAGACUUUCAAUAGUCAAUUGGUUGAGGGUAGGGAGAAACCAAUAAUCAGUUGCCUAAAAUAUAUUAGAGAGUAUUUAAUGAUUAGGAUUGUGACUGUGCAAAAGGUUAGAGAAUCAUUUAGAGACCAAUGUGUAGUUGAUAUUAAUGAGAGGACAUGUAGUUGUAGAAAAUGGCAGUUGACUGGGAUGCCAUGUAAGCAUGCAGUUUGUGGUUUAUGGAAUGCUAAAGAUAAUUCUGUGCAAGUGGGGAUAGUUGAGGAUUGGGUUGAUCCAUGCUAUAGGUUAGAUACAUGGAAAGAGGUCUAUGCAUUUAAGGUGGAGCCUGUAACUGGAUCUUCUUCAUGGCCAAAGAGUACUUGUGCAACUAGGCUUCUUCCUCCUAUUCAUAAGACUCAAGUAGGCAGGCCAAAGAAACAGAGAAAGAAGAGUGCCAUGGAAAAAGAAGAAGCAAAAAUGGUUAAAAAUGGUAAGCUUACAAGGGUUGGGAAGACUGUUACUUGUUCAAAGUGUAAGAACAAAGGACACAAUCAAAGGCAAUGCAAGGGUCAAAAUAAAAGUCAGUCUCAAGGUCAACCUAGUCAAUCCAAGGGAGGUUUGAAAAGAAAGAAUGAAGCUGGUGGGUCAAGAAAAGCUGCUGCUGCAAGCCAAUGUGGUCCAAGCCAAAGUCAAGGUGUAGGUGGUGCAAGUGAAUCUGCUCUAAGUCAAGUUGGAGCAACUCAAUCUGCAAGUCAACCAGCAAGAAACAACUGA